UGCGGGAAGAAGCGGGGCGGGCGCUCCCCGAUGUGCCCUUGCCUUUCGCAGGAGGGCGGACGGGAAGGCACCGCCCCCUCCUGGGCCGGGGGUGGUCCGCCGGCGGAGGGGGCAGGAAGGCGCCUCACUCCGCGGUGCUACCGGCCUCGGCUCUCCGACGGACAGCGCCGGCCAUGGGGGAAAGCAAUUUGAAGCGAUGCCAGAAGGAGGCAGAGGAUGUGACGGAGAUCAUGUUAGAGAACUACAACAAAGUGCUGGAUCGUGAGGGCAAGCUCAGAGAGCUCGAUGAAAGGGCAGAUGAACUCCGUAACCAGGGUGCUGUCUUCAACAAGACAACAAAAACAUUGGCCCAGAAGAAGCGCUGGGAGAACCGGAAAUGGAAGAUCAUCCUGGGGGGUGUGGCUGCCGGGGUCAUCCUCAUCAUCAUUCUGGCUAUAGUUCUUUACUACACCCUCUCCGGUUCUGGGAACUCGGAUGCUGCAGCAAAGGCCAACGCCGGCGGGGACUGAGUGGCUUAUUGAGACAAGCCCAGAAUCUUCUCCAACCCACAAGGGCACCUCCUAUUUCCUUGCCUCUGUGCAUUCUGGGUGGACUUGAGCAGGACUUGGCAGUUGUGUAGAGCUCCUGUCACAGAUUUCAUUGCAGCAACAGCAACAUGUCUGGAGCAAAACCUGCAGCCACCGUUGUCUAGUACCCAGUGACCAUGCUCCGAUAAUGUGCCUCCAAUAUCUAUGCUCAUUCCUAAAUGGCAAGAUGCUGUAUGGUUUGCAGUCCCAUUCAGCUAUUUGUGAGCUGUGCCACAUGUUAAUCAAGGCUUAUGAAUAGUCUUUGCAUUUCUGCUUUCAAACUUCUAGAUUAGAGUACCUCUGUGGCUCUACAUUGCUCUGACCACUGUCUGCUACUCUGCCUACACCCACGGUGAAGUUGCUAACCACAGGCAUAUUUGCAGGUGUAUAUCUGUGUAUUGGAGGGGCGAGUCCUGCUUUUUCUGCAUCCUGCGAGUUCUACUCGUGAGGUUUUGCCAUAUAGAGGAUCUAGAUGUUGUGCUUCAUAUCAUGAUGUGCAAAAAGAGGCAGUAGCUCCAAGCAGCUGAGUCUGGACAUCUUGAAGGGUGGCAGAGUAGGAAACAAAUCUGAGGCGUGGGGCACAGCCCAGCAAGGCUCCAGUGCAGGCCCCAUUCAUUUCAGUGGGGCUUGCCUAAGAUAACUUCUCCUGGAUUGUCUCAUGUUAAUUUGGGGUGAGAUGUGAAGGGUGCUAUUUGGAUUUUCUGCCUCAGGCACCAACAUGUCUUGAACCAGCUUUGUUUUUUUAAAAUACUUUGCAGCAUUAUCAGUGAGGAUAUUUACAGGGAAAGUAGCUGUUGCUCCUCAAUCGUGCAACAAGCCAUGUUUUCGAAGCUGGAGGGUUUACAGCAAAAGCUAUGUCUGCACAGGUCAAAUUCUCUUCUCCAGGAUGUCACUACCAUUUGCAUGCUUCACACAUGCAGCACAUGCUGUGUUGCAAUAUGUGCUGUACUUCAGGAUUUUGUUAGAUGUGAAAACUGGUGCAGCUUUACUGCUGUGCCAUUUUAGCACUAGCAAAGCUUUAGCUGCUUUUUUGGGUGGGGGCAGGUUUUUUCUUCUUAAAAUGAACAUGGCCUGAUGUUUGGCCAUUUUUGUUAAUAUAUUAUCACUCUUCAUUAUUAUUAUUAUUUGCACAUCGCUGCCUAUUUAGUGAUCUUCUAAGACACAGCUUUCUUUUUACACACCCCUAUUUAGCAGGAUAAUAUAUGUGUGGGGGAUCUGCCUAUGCACAAAUCAAUUCAAUGAAAGCUCCAUAUUGUGGGAGGGAGAGCCCCCAGAUAUUGUAAAGAGGGUGCAACCCACAAAGCAUAAGUUGCCCAGAGUAAUAAGGAACAAAAGUUUAAGGACGUCAGCAAAGAUGCAGUGGCGCGGAAACAGCCAAAAACACACCUAGCCUCAGUACUGUGCUCCAGGGGCUGGACAAUUUCAGCUUGAUGUUGGUCAUUUCCAGUAAUAAUUUGUGAAAAAAUGUCUCAUACUUUAAAUAGGACAGCUGGGAAGAAAGGUGUGUUUGUUAAGUGCACUGCACAUUUAAACUUAAAUUGUGUGCUAUAAAAGUGUAGGCUGGUUUGAGACUGCUCUUUCUGCCCUAAGAGCUCUCUUCUGUGUCAAGAACAGUAAAAGAUAGUUGUUUUCUAA